CCGGUUCAUCAUUCAGAGUCCGACUCUCACGCAAGUAGCUUCGCGCUAGUUAACCGAGUGCCUUUAACCAAACUUUACGAUGUCUUACGCCGCUGUGCAAGAAUCUCAACCUAUCUCGCGUACUUUGCAGUACCGCAAAGUCAUGAAACCGAUGUUGGAGCGAAAAAGAAGAGCCCGAAUUAACCGCUGCCUCGACGAGCUCAAGGAUUUGAUGGUGUCCGCCCUGGCCACGGACGGGGACAACGUCUCCAAGCUGGAAAAGGCCGACAUCCUCGAGCUGACAGUGUCCCAUCUUCAGAAGUUGAAACGUCAACAACGCCUGUCUGUCAAUCCAGUAGUGGAAGCUGACCGAUUCCGUGCAGGAUUCACCACGUGCGCCAAGGAAGUUUCCAAGUGUUUAGCGUCGACUCCUGGAGUAGAUGUCCAUCUGGGCACCAAGCUGAUGACACACCUUGGACACAGUUUGAAAGGUAUGGACCGAGUGUCGCCUUUGUCAGUACCUAGUGCGUACACUCCACCAGCCUCUCCUGUUUACGAUGAAGGUAUCCAGUACCAUAUGCCACCUUCUCCGUCGUCUUCUUCGAGGAGUUCUCCGAGCCCUAUCAACUACUCCGUAGACGUACACACCGAAUCAGUAUGGAGACCUUGGUAACCGAUACUUUUUUGAAUGAAUGAAAUUUGUCUUCCAAUUUUUCAAAUUGCUCAACCUGCUUUAAUCUUAGAUUAGUUUCUUGUAGCUUUAAUUUUUGUUUUAAUUUUUCUGACUGUGAUAUUUGUCGUUAAUAAUGAAUAGGGCUUAGUUCUCCAUGUUUUUUAUCAGAUACUGUCUCCAUUUGUUUCGAAAUUGAACUGACUGUAAGCUCUCUGUGAUACAAAGAUUUAAAAGAUUUAUUGAUGAGAAUAAAACUAUUUUAUUACUAA